UCCGCAAAGUGCAGUAUCCCAUCCCCUCCAAUCACGACUCACCACCUUCAGCUUCAGCAUUACCCUCUCUCCUUCUCCCUCUCCCCUUCUCCCCCACAGAUAUUGGCAGAGCUUUCAGAUUCAACCCCUGAAGCUUAGCGGAAGCCUCUGGUUUUUUCAGCUCGGUGUUGGAGUUUUGACAUCCAUCCCUGGUCUCUUUCUUCUCUUUUCCUUGUUGCUCAGUCCUCAAGGAAAGGAAGAAAGAAACCCAUCAUUUCCCCCCUCCUUCUCUCUCUCUCUCUCUCUCUCUCUCUCUAUCGUGUUAUCUUCUCGUUUCGCAUGAAUUCAGAGGACCCUCGUCGCGAGGCUCUCUGGCUUUCGCUCUCCGAGCUUUCCCUUUUGCUGCAAGUGAGUUCGUGAGUUCGUUGACGUCUGAUAGGGCCGCUCUGCAUAGUUUUUUCUUGGUUUCGUUUUCGUUUCAGGGUCUCUGCUUCUUGCUUCUUCUUCUUUUGAUACGUUGCAUUCUUGUUUCUAGUUGCGUUGGGUGGUUUGUUGGGUUUAGAUCUCGAGGGUCGUCGCAAUUCAUGUUGGUGUUUUCGGAUCAUACUGUGAUUUGUUGCUUAUGUUUUGUGAGGCUUGCCUUUGUUAUAUUGGGAUAAAAAGUCGGUUCUUUAUGGGAUUCCUAAGGCUAUGGUUGCACAGAGGAAAAGGAGUAUUCUGAUUCCUUUCAAGAUGCUUGGUGAUUUAACACGGACAUCUUUGUGGUGAACCCGAAGCUCUCCGCAUUUCCCAUUCGAGCGCCCCCCUUUACUUUGUUCUCUCUCCCCCUCUCUCUCGCCAUCGAAAUCGAAGAGCCGCCUCUCUCUCUCUCUCUCUCUUUUCCAAGAAGAUCGAGAAUUUGGUCACCCUUCAGCAUCUGACUUAAGUUUAGUCUGAAGGAGGGGUUGCGUGAUUCCCAUGUGAUGAAGUGGGAAACGGGAGUUCCCUUACCACCAUGUGCAUCGAGUGCGAAUUGGUUUUUCAACGAGGAGGGAAGGACCGCGAAAUGGACUCCUGCCGAGAACAAAAUGUUCGAAAAAGCGCUGGCGGUGCACGAUCAGGACACGCCGGAUCGGUGGGAUAGGGUCGCCUCGAUGAUCCCUGGGAAGACGGUGGAGGAUGUGGUUGGCACUAUCAGGAUUUGGAAGUUGAUGAGCAAUAUAGAAGCAGGGCUCAUCCCGAUCCCUGGCUAUAGCACUACAGCGCCCUUCACAUUGGAGUGGGCGAAUGGCCAUGGAUAUGAUGGGUUCAAACAGUCUUAUGGGCUUGGUGGGAAGAGAUCAUCAUCGAUUCGGCCUCCCGAACAAGAGAGAAAGAAAGGGGUUCCUUGGACCGAGGAAGAGCACAAGCUCUUUUUGAUGGGUCUAAAAAAAUAUGGGAAAGGUGAUUGGAGAAACAUCUCCAGGAACUUCGUGAUCACGAGAACACCGACGCAAGUAGCUAGCCACGCACAGAAAUACUUCAUCAGACAACUUUCAGGUGGAAAAGAUAAGAGAAGGGCCAGCAUCCACGAUAUCACAACUGUGAAUCUCACAGAGACUAGAACUCCUUCACCAGAUGAUAAAAGGCCGCCUUCGCCAGAUCCUUCAUCCAUGGUGGCUCGGCAUCCAACUCCCGUCACAGCACCCAGGACUCCUUUUCUCUGGAAUCAGCCUAGCAAUGGAGGGUCCAUGACCUUCCAUGCGACACAGGAUAUGUCCAUGUGCCCACAUUUCGGUGUGAACUCUUUUGGGCUUAAAUUCCAAGGGCAGAAUACUCACAGAGGGACUUUCAUUCAGAACCCGGUUUUCAUAUGCAAGCUGGACAGAGUUAUCCUCAUGGAUGAGGCUGCUUCAUCCCUGUUUUCCUUAGCUCCAAGCAUCUUUUGUUUCUAUCUUUUUGAAGUUUAGUGGAGUAGCUAUGGUUGUGCUUUUGUCAUGGCUUCUGUGAAUAUGUCUACUAGAAGAAUUUGAGUUAGUUCAUCAGUAUCUAAACCCAGGACACAGGAGAACAAGAUCGUGUUUCUUUUGGAAGCCAUAAAUCUAGUGUAUAGAUUCUCAGAGCUGGAUUUUUUCCUUUAGUGAGAAUCUCCACCUUCGUUUGAGUAUUGUGGUGUUCUGCCUAUGCAAACAAAGUUCUACAUUGAAAGCUGUGGAAGAACAUGAAGAGGGCAGUAUCGAUAGGGCGUAUAUGUGGUCUCUCCUUUGACUGAAUUAUCUAAUUUAUCGUUUUUGAGCAAAUAUUGCCUUA